GGCCGUCGCAAACAGUCCAAGUCUAGCGGUCGCACAGUGCAGACGCUCUCAGUUACGCCGCAUACCCAAGUAUUAGCCACCAAAGGAGCAAAAUGUCGGAGGGCGAGUCCAAGUUUGGUUUCAAGGAUAUGGAGAAGGCACUGGAGACGCUGAAGUUGUUGGAGAGCCACGACAUGCAGUACCGAAAGUUGACGGUGCGCGGCUUACUAGGCAGGGCCAAACGCGUUCUAACAAUGACCAAGGCGGAAGAGAAGCUGAAGAAUAUCAAUGAUGCUAUCGGUGUGUUUGAGAAGUGGCUGGAUGAGAAUGGGGGCGGCGCCUCCAACAAAAAUACCAAAACUGAUAGCGAUGACAAGGUAGAAACCGUGCCCGGGCUAGGAUUCAAGGAUAAGGCGGCCGCGGAAGCAACGCUGAGUAUUCUGGCCGAGCGUGAUCCGGACUACCAGAGAUUGGCCGUCAAGGGCUUGAUUGGUAGCUCCAAGCGUGUGUUGUCCGGCACCAAAAAUGAAGACAAAAUCAACGCCAUCAAGGAAGGAGUGCAAGUGUUGGAGGACUUCCUGGAGAAAUUCGAGGCGGACAACCGCAUCAAGGACAACCGUGCUUAUUUACCGUUGGCCGUGGUGAGCAAGCUACCGGAGACAACUGACGAGCUGGCUGGCGAGUUCCUGGGGGCCUAUGGUGGGCCCAAGGCUAAGGGAAACUACAAACACCUGCGCACCAUGUUCCCCAAAGCGGAUGAGGCAACCAGCUGGGACAUUGUUCGCAAUCGCCAACUGGCAAAGUUGCUAGAAAAGGUCAAAAGCGAGGACGCGAAGCUUUUCGAUCCCGAAUCCGGAGCACCCACUGAUCUCCACCUCCAGCUCAUCCACUGGGCCUAUAGCCCGCAGCCGGACAAGCUGAGGCAGUACGUGGAGAAACUGGCCAAGAAGAGCCCCGAGAAGCGAAAGCAGGAAAGCAGCAGCAGUGCCAAUGAGUCCUCGGGCAGCAGCAGGGGCUCCGAUGAGGAGGAUGUGCCCAAGAAGAAAAAGAAGACUGAAGAGUAAA